UUCUGGAAACAGGUGUAGGCCAUUCAGCCCCUCGAAUAUGCAUCUUAAACUGAGCCCUUUUAACAUCAUGAACUUGAAUUUUAGUAAGAGGUCUAUUCCAUGGGGCUCUGUCACACAUUUAAAUUGCUGCAGGUUGUGCUGAAGAUGCUGCUGAGAGGUACAAUUCCAGUAUUUCACCCUGUGAUGUUGGAAGAAGGCUGACAUACGCGUGACUCAGGAUGGUGUGUGAAGUGAGCUAAGUUCUCUUUCUAUCACGACACUUGCUUUUCGUUUUGCAGCUGCAUCGAUGAGUGGAAGAGCCGCAAUGAGCAGCUUUCCAGGGUCCUGAAGGAAUGCAAGGGAGACUGCGAGCGGCUCAGUAUGUUACUGGGGAGACUCGAAUCCAAUGACACUGCACUGUGCUUGGCUCUACAGUACAGUGAGGAGUGUGUUGAUGUCUAUGGUCUGCUUCUGGCAGAAGUUCAAACUAAAGGGAGCUCCAUGGAGACAGAGAUCUCUGAGGCACAGGCAAACCGGUGUGUGGACAGAGGUGGGCGAUUUGGCAGGAAGGAUAUGGAAGGAUUGCUGGGGGAAGGUGCAGGGGAAGCAGCUGAGGAUGUUCACAGUAUUGAUUUACCAAACACUGAUCAUCAUCACCAGGGUCCAACUGAAUACACACAGCGCAGCCUCGCAGGGGAGCCGGAAGGGGACAACAGCACAAAUCAUUUCAGAGGAGACAUUGUGAGGCUCAGAGGCAGCCACGCUGCAGUAAUGCAAACUGUUCUGGAAGUGGGUGACAUACCAGCCUACCUGAAGCGAUACGGCGAAGGAAUGUCCCAAAGCUGGGAGUCUGGAGCAGCAGUACAGGGUCUGCUUGUCCCUGGGAUCAGUGCACAGUCGCCCAGAACAGUCCGUCAACAUAAGAUGGAGAAGAAGGAAGUGCUGCAGGAACUCCUGACUGUCAGGGAUGAGAUGGCGUGGCUGAAGGGUCAGCUGGGCUGGAUUAAGAGGGAGAAGAGGGACCUGGAGCAGAGGCUGCGAUUACAGGAGUCCCAGGAGGAGGCUGCAAUCCUACUCCUUGCACAUUGGCAAGCGGAGAGAGAUGGCUGUCUACAGCAGCAACCUACCACAGUCUGCUGCAAGGAGGAAACUGCACCAGAACCAGAUGUGCUUACAAUGGCCAGUGACCAACUGGAGUCAGAGCUCACUGCUGCUUCCACUCGACAAAAUCAACUGAGGGAACGGGCUGAGGUGCUGGUGACAUCACUGGAGAAGCUGCUAAGAAGCAAUCAUACACAGAAGGUUCAGUCUGAGGAACUAGCCAGUGAGCUGAGGAAAACAUACAGCAACAUGUCGACAGCCUACAGAAACGCCAAGAGGAAGUAUGAGAGCCAGCUGAGGAAGCUGGAGUCACAGGCGAGCACCAUGUGUGAACGGCAGGCAACUCAAACUCAAGCCCUGGAGGAGAAGGUGGCGUGUCUUAGCAAGGCGCUGGAGCAUGCCAAUGGCACACCAUUAUAACGGAGAUCCCAGCUCCAGGACAGCACCAUCAGGGCAAUCCUGAGUCUGCUGUAUUCCCACAACCUUCCUGACAACUUUUGACGUUUGGACAGCAUUUGUAUAGAACUUUGAAGAUGAAAUAGUGGGAGAAAAGGGGGAAAAGUGAACAUUAGCUGUGGGAGAUUACAUGGCUGGAGAGGAGAAAGUGCACCUCAGUUGGAUAAGGAGUGGAUUGGAUGAACCAAAUAGCCUGAUUUUAUUCAGGGCUUCUCCUAAUCCCUUUCACUGAAUCUGGGGUAAAAUUGAUUUCCCUGAAGUUUCUGUUGAAAACUUUCUGCUAACACUUUCUGUCGUGACCUCCAACCUUUCUACUUCAGCCUUGCCCCAAAGCAACUUCAUGCCGUGAAUGUUUUUGCACUCACCACAGGCGUGAGAUAUUCUUUGUGUUGGUAUCUAAUGCAGGUAAAGAGCUCAGUCUUAGAAACGUGUAGCAUGGAAACAAACCCUUCAGUUCAACACGUCAACGCCAGCCAGAUUUCCCUAACUAAAGUAGGCCCAUUUUGUCUGUGUUUGGCCCAUAUCCCUCUAAACCUUACCAAUUCAUGUACCUGUCCAAAUGUCUUUUCAAUGUUG